AUGUUAUCUUCAGGUAUCUACUUUCCUCCUGGAUUUGACUCGCUACCGGAAUACAGAGAUUACAUUGACAGUCUGCCGAUUGCUGACGAGCCGGAGAUAUUUGGAAUGCAUAAUAACGCUAAUAUCGCCUUCCAGGUAAGAACAACAGUACACUAACAUGUCUUAAAGAUGUGAAUAUUUAACCACCUAUACACUCUCUCUUUCUCUCUUUUUUCGCUUUCUCUACGUCGUGUAAUUCCUCCGGGGAACAGGCUUAGUAAAGUGAAACGUGGUAGGAGUAGUUCGUAUUCUUAAAAAGAGUAUGAGGGAUUUUGGUUUCAUCCUAUAUACGGUUUACGCGAGAAAUAGUGCAGUGCUAAAAUAUCAUUUUGCGAUACCUAACUGUUUUGCUCUUCCCAUUUGAUAGAACUGGCCGGCCAGACCGGUCCAAUUGUAGAGAGAAUUCCAAUAUUAAUCACGACUAACCAGUCAGAUCAGUCUACCCAUAAAUGGUUGGCCGGCAGUGGUGAGUUUCAGUGAGAAUUUCAAGAAAAAACUAAUGUUUUAUUUUCAAAAUGAAUCGUCCAGCCGGCCAGUUCUGACUGUUGAAUAGUGCUUCUUAGUGAACGUGCUAAACGUUUUUUGAUAAUUCUUAUUCCCUCAACGCGUUGGGAUACUCUGCUUUGUUGAUUUUGUGAUGAACAUAUUUUCUUUAUCUACAGACUCAAGAGACCAAUGCUCUGAUCACAGCAGUGUUGGAGGUACAGCCUCGAUUAGCCAGUGGAGGAAGCGGUAAAACCAGCGAUGAGAUUGUGUAUGAGCUUGCAGAAAGUAUACUCUCCAAACUGCCUGUCGCACUGGACAUGGAGAAAGCCGAUAAAGCUAUAUUUGAGGUAGGACUAAGUGUCUUAGGUUAUCUUGAAGCCGCGGCCUUUAUAGCCUUCGUAGCUAGCGUUUGCGCCCGAGUUAAUGUGCUAAAGCAGGAACGAGAGCAAAAAAAAUAAAAGUAGGGUAGGGAAGUGGGGAGAAAGAAAUAUCUCGGGGUGUAUAUUAAACGUGCCACAAGUCCACUGCGUGAGCGCCCUAAGGCGCGAGGGACGCUCGCGAAUCGAUCUUAAACCAGCAAUGAAGUCGCGACUGACCAACUAACUUACAGAAAGCGGAAACGGGCUUUGAGAAAAUCUAGGCGUCUACCUGGAUUUGCCUCCCUUUCCUCCUACGUCCUACUGUUUUUUUGCUCUUGCUCCAAGUUUUCGCGCAAUAACUCGAGCGGAACCGCUUGAUACGCAGGUUACGGUCUUUUCAACCAUGAGCAAGGAAGGUCCUUUGUCGUUACCUGAAAGUCCGCUUUAGAACGAGUGACCUCCAACUUUCGUCUGAGAAGGAGGUUACAGAUAAUAUUAGCAUCUCUGUUUUAACAGAUUUUGAUGGGUACUCGUGAUAUAACAGGUGGCAACUCUAUGAUACUCUCCUCUCGGCUAAUAUUAUCGAGUUGCUGCAUGUCAGGAAAAAGGUAGACAAAACGGGUUUCUCCGUCUCCAAAUAAAUUUUACUCGGCUACGUAGAAAAUCGAUUUUUUUAAUGCGGAAUGACGAAAGAAUUUUCAAUGGAUUGAUUUUAUGAAGUCUUGGAAACCUUUUUUGCUCAAUGUUUUUCGCUUUGUUUCCUUUAAUAUGAGGGUCGAGUCAUCAUUUUACAUGGCUGAUUUAGCGACAGGACUGGAACGUCAGUCGACGACGGGAAAGCGCGCGGAAAGGACUAAACACAACUUCCGGUGCUCAAUUUCCCGCUCUGCCAUUGGUCAAGCCAGUUGUUUGAUUUCACGCGCCGUCGUCAACUGACGUUAACGUUCUUUUGCUAAAUCAGCCUGUUUACAUUGCGCAGCGGUUCUCACCGGUCGUGUUUCUUAUUUUCAUUGUUCUCUCAGACUGAUGCUAAAGGGCGUGUGAACUCGCUGACUACUGUACUAGGACAAGAGGUUGAUCGAUUUAACUCUCUCUUGAAAGUCAUCAAGGUAAGAUAAUGGCAGGAACAGAGAAAUGUAACAUAGAAAAACAAAGAAAAACCAAGAAGGUCGUCCACAUCAGACGCCAGCGUCCAACCCUAAAUAGAGAUCGGAGUUAUGAACUUCCCGCCAUUUUUGAUCAAUUUUUGUCACGUAACUAAUUCACGGAACAAUUCAAGAUAUUUUUAUUCGACAAAAAUGAACCUGCGAGGCUAUCCAUUUUUGCCCAAACUUUCGCGAUAACCGGCAAAAAUAGGCCAUUUCUGAGUUGCAAGAACUCUCACUUUAAAAAAAAAGGCUUAGUGCAAAACCUUUCCUGCGAAAAUGACUUUUAUUCUCGUAAAAAUAAAUAAACGUUUUGUUAUCAAUGGCUGACCACUUAUUGCCUCACUUUGACAGAGAGCCUUAAGACAACUAGGAAAUAAGCGAUUGUCGAUAUCAGUUUUGUUACUUGUGGUAAAUAACCGCUGUAUCUACUUUUUCAGACGUCGUUACAACAGCUUCAGAAAGCCAUCAAGGGUCUGGUCGUGAUGUCACUGGAACUGGAUAAAGUUUACACCAAUUUUUUGAACAAUCAGGUUGGUCUGUUUCCCUAAAAGCUUUUCUGGUCCCAAAUCUCCUUGACGACGGUACAGUUUCUAUCUUAUUUUAUCGAUCGCGGACUUAGGGUAAUUUUACGGUGGUUUUCUCCAUAUCAACGAGACAUUUUUCCUCUUUUCGCAGGUUCCAACAAUGUGGGCAAAUGCGGCGUAUCCAUCAUUGAAGCCGCUGGGAUCCUGGGUUAAGGAUUUGCUGCUCAGAUGCCUGUUUAUAGAU